GCGGACAUAGACAUCUGCCUGGUGGGCGAUUCAGCAGCCAUGGUGGUGCAUGGGUAUGACACCACCCUGCCCAUCACACUCGACGACAUGCUGCUGCACUGCAGGGCCGUGGCACGGGGAGCCUCUCGGCCGUUGCUGGUGGGCGACCUUCCGUUCGGCACGUACGAGCAGAGCCCACAGCAGGCAGUGAACAGUGCAGUGAGACUGUUAAAAGAAGGCAACAUGGACGCAGUGAAGAUAGAGGGGGGCAUCCCAGCGCGGGUGGCAGCAGCGCGGGCGGUAUCUGAGGCGGGUAUUGCUGUGAUGGGGCACGUGGGACUCACUCCGCAGGCCAUCAGCUCGCUGGGAGGGUUCCGUCCCCAGGGCAGAUCCGCUGCCAGUGCUCUCAAGGUGGUACAACACGCGCAGGCGUUACAGGAAGCUGGGUGCUUCGCAGUGGUUCUCGAGUGCAUGCCAGCAGUGGUAGCAGCAGCAGUCACAGCAGCUGUUGACAUUCCCACCAUCGGCAUUGGCGCAGGGCCGCUCUGCAGUGGGCAGGUGUUAGUAUACCAUGACCUUCUGGGGAUGAUUCAACACCCACACCACGCCAAG